AUGACCCAAGUCCCCGUGCCGAAGCCCCAAGAUGAUCUGCAGACCGUCGUAGAGUCUCGGACAAGGGAAUGGCACUUCCACAUCUACUUCCUGCUGCAAUCGCCCACUGAAACAGCCGCGGCUCUUGCGCUUCGUGAUGCGGUAUUGAGACUUCGUCGCGAGGGCGCCUUUGUGGCCGUUCCGCUGCACAGGGUCAACAAAUAUCCUAUUGGACCUCAUCCUGCUGGAUCGUAUGAGAUCUGGGUUCCCGACUCUUCAUUCUCCGACGUCUUCUUCUACUUGGCAUCAAACCGAGGAAACUUGAGUGUACUUGUACAUCCUCUAACCUCUGAACAACGUCGAGACCACGAGACUCGCAAUGGCUGGUUGGGUACGCCGUGGCCCAUCUACCUGGAUGCGCUGCCCCGCGAAAGUGACGAGGUGCCUCUUCAGUAUCCUGAGCUGGGCCUCGGCUGGUCCACCGUGCCGGAAGACGAAAUAUCGCUUGAUGAGAGGAGAAAGAGGGGAGCAAAGGUUGAGGCACUGUUGGCUAAUGACCCUGAGGCGGCCCCUGCUCCUCAGGAUUGAUGCCUGGGUGUGGGUUACCAGAAUCUCGGGCUCUUCUAUAGAAUACCGGUGUUCUAGAAGGACGGGGUACCAUGAUCUUGAUACGCCCCCUAGAUAAUUACAUGGUAGUAUCGACUAAGCGCUAAAGAGAAUUGUUCUUGAUGAUGGAAA